AUGCAAGAUCUUAAGCAUCUAAAAGCCAGUCGACAAGUAAGGGAUUUUCAGGAGCGUGUGGAUAAUCUACUUGCAGAACAUGUGAUGCUAACAUUUCCUUUACUGCCUGACAAAGCUGACCAGCUGCGGCGGCGGAUUCUCGGCCUUCAGCAAACCAGCCUAUUGGCGCGCGCCAUGCUGGCUGAACUUGAUCUUUCGCCAUAUUUAUCUUCAAACUCUCUUCUUAUGGAGCUUUUACGCAGUGAUAUUCAUCGUCACCAUCAACACAGCCAUAAACAGGUUCAUGGAGAGGAGCCACUUGAGCCACAUCAACAGCCACAACCUCAGAUGCUAGAGGAGAUGGCAUAUUCUUCGCAAUUGGAGAACUCACUUGAUACUUCCCCAUGUCGACAGGGCGAUAACGAUCUUUUGGAAGUCGUGUAUCCAUCUGCCCAGCCGGCUCAAGUAGUAGAACACGACGCCAAACUUUCUGAUCUUAAGGUCGAAUCAAAUAACGUCUGUGCUCCUAUCGGCUUUAGAUCCCCUGGCUACUCAACUUCCGAAUCCAUUCUCUUAACUGAUGCUGAACCCUCAGUUGAGGCGCCAGAUGGAUGUUGCUCUGCAUCUAAGCGUAGCUCAGCAGGCUCAACUUCAACAGCCUUGCCCGGCUCAGUUGUAUUUGCUUCAGCAGACGAGAUUUUGCUCAUAACUACUCAUCAGAGCCCCUCUUCCCCGAACCUUGUUUCUCAUCAACAGCAUAUCAGAUCAGCAACAUCCUCGGAUGCUAGAGAGAGCUUAUCUCUCCACAUACCGGAACCUGAUAAGAUUUCUGUUACAUGCACCUUCCCUCAUUCUAUUCAUAACUCAGUUGGAAGAAAUUUAGAUCACCCAAAUAAUACAGAAUCUCCAAUUUCUUACGCCGCUGUGCCGGCUAAUCCAUUUGGACACUGCGCCUUGAUUAUUCAAGGUCAUCUUUUGUGUCUGCUUGAUUUUUCAUCUGAGAAUGCCCCUGUUUAUCUCUCCAGUCAUUCUCCUGUUAGUGUAUUCGUGCGCCUGUCUGUGUGCCAAUGCUAG